AUGACAGACGUAAGGUCAUAUCAGUAUCCGCCGCCGCCACCCCCAAACGGCGCCGAGAUGGACAUGCCGCCUUCAGGAUAUUACUCCGCACAAGCAGCAUCCGGGAUGGAUAUGAGAUCGGGCCCGGACUCGGGUAUCCCUUCGAGGGAGCGCUCCGUCUCGUUCUCAAAGUCGAUGAAGCUGGAGCGAUCUCUGUCGAUACCAACCGGUGGACCGCCAUCAUCACAGGCUUCGCAACAGCAGCCCCCGACGCCACAGCAACCUGGCACCCCAGACGCCCUUACCCUCGCUGGAGAGAAGAGAAGAAACAAGCUUGGGUACCACCGGACUUCUGUAGCAUGCGGCCACUGCCGCCGACGAAAGAUUCGAUGCAUCCCGUCGCAAAAUGACGUCCAGGGACGCUGCGUAAACUGCAUCCGGCUGAAAAAAGAGUGCAGCUUCUUUCCCGUAGACCAGCAGCCAACGCCCCAAGACACGCGGCAAAAGUCGGCUUCGCGGUCCUCGAUCGGACCCAAGAUCGCCUCGGCUUCCUCGUCGCCCGCCAUGCAGACUGGGAUUCCUUCAGACAUCCACGGGCAGCAGCCCUAUCCGCAACUGACUAUGCCUUCCAUGCCGCCUCCCAUGAAGCCGGCUGGAACGGAGAGUUAUACUCCUGAUUCCAAGUUGCCUUCGAGCAGUCGACCGUACGAAUAUGGUCAUCAUGGCAUGACCAACUGGAUGUCGGCGGACGCCAGCCCAAGCUCAUCCAAGCCAAGCGACUUGAAUACGACGUGGAGAACCUACCCGGCCGAAUCGCCCGUCACGGCUGCUUUCUCUCCCUAUACACCUCACGCGCCACCACCAUCUGCCACUUGGUCAGCGUCAGUGGGCUCCGAAUCCUCUUCGAGGGACGAAAUAGCAUGGUCUUCGUACCCAGCACCACCCCCUCGAUCUCUUUCCUUCGGCGCCGAGGGCAUGUCUAGCCAUCAGCAGUAUCCAUCAAUUUCGCAAAUGAGUGGCCAUUCAAGCCGGUCCUAUGAUCGAAAAUCAGGUUCAAUACCUGCCGACAUGUAUCCGCCGCCUAUUGCGACAACAAUUCCCGGGAUCGAGACAGUGCCGGGCACAACUUUGGAGCAUGGUGUUUCACUGUCAGCCGGAGCCGUUCCUCCGUCCACAUAUGGUUCAUGGCAACAGUCGUACUCAUACUCGAAGCCCGACAGCUAUGGGGCGUGGUACGGAGAAGCUGGAGCUCAGCAGCAUGAACACCAUCCAUCUGGACAUCACUCAGGGUCGAACAUGUAUUAUGAGCGGUAG